AUGUCUCCAUGGUUAAGGUUGGCACAACCUUACGAAUUUGAUAGAAAUUUGAUUGUAAAUUUUCCUAUACCUGAAUCGCCAAUUAAAAAAGAAUCGUUUCACUAUCUCGCCCCCUCCCGAACUUCUAAGUUUUUUCUUCAAGAUCCGGAUCCAUGUCUUGGCAAGCGACGGAUCUCUCUCAUUCACCCUCUCCAAGAUCCAAAUCCUUGCCUUGACAAGCAACGGAUCCUCUCCUUUUCAUGGCUCCCUCGCUCCAAGCAAAACGUUGUCCUUGUUUCUCCAAUUCUCUUAGCAAAAGGAGAAAAUGGCAGCAAAAGCUUGGUUUAUAGCGAACCCGAUAGCUGCAUUCACGAGAUCGGUAUCACCCUUUCCUCCAAGAAUGUCAAAAACCUUGAGAAAGUUUGCACCGAAUUGGUUCGUGGUGCCACCCGUGAGAAUCGCUACCAAGGGGAUGGACUACGGGACAUUACCUCAUCCUUGAGGAAACCGAAAGUCAAGAAAAAAGGCAAUGAUGACAUUUCGGCGGUGAUUCAACAAGAUCUCGCCGAGCUUCAACGUAGAGCUGCCGAUGAUAUUUUAAACUCUUAUCUCUCUUAUGUCUCAUUCAUUUUUAUGAUUUUGUUGUUAACAACUUUUCUUAGAUGCCAUGAUUGGAAGCUUCGUGAUAUGCUAGAAGCCUUUUGUGAAAGAGCUAAAGUUCCCGGUGAUGAUCGGGAAGAAGCGAGUGACAGGUUCCACAAGGCGGAGUUCCAUCGAAUGGUCGUAAAAUUAACGGGAGAGGCAGGAGCUUAA